AUUUGUCAUUGGUCCGACAGCAGGUUCCAGUUUCGUUUAGCCUACCUUCAUGUAAAGAAGAAUUUCGCUGAAGAUUUCCCCCCCUCUAACAAAAUGGAUCAAAACCAGUUGCAAGCAACAGGGAAGAACUAUGCCAAUCCAAAAACAUGCUUCUUUCAUGUUCUCUUUAAGGCAGCAGCUUUGGCAUUCUACAUACUUUCGGCACUUUUUAUCAACAGCUUUGUUAUCAUAUUUGUCAUAACUGUAUUGCUGGCUGCUCUUGAUUUCUGGGUAGUAAAAAAUGUCAGUGGACGGAUAUUGGUUGGUCUGAGGUGGUGGAAUGAAGUAGAUGAGCAAGGGGAGAGUGUCUGGAAAUUUGAAUGUCUUGACCACGAGUCUUUGGCUCGAAUGAACAAGAAGGAUUCAUGGCUCUUCUGGUGGACACUUUACAUUACUGCUGUUGCAUGGAUUUUCCUGGGGAUAUUCUCGCUCAUAAGGUUUCAGGCUGAUUUUCUUCUUGCUAUUGGAGUAUGUUUGAGUCUCAGCAUUGCAAACAUCGUUGGCUUUACCAAAUGUCGCAAAGAUGCUAAGAAGCAAAUUCAAGCAUUUGCACAACAGACAAUAGCUUCUCGAGUUUCUUCGACAAUUCAGUCAGCGUUCAGUGUAGUGUGAUGUCAAUGAUUUUUGGAAGAAGAAAUGGGAAGGAUGUGAUGUGUAUUAGAUUUCGAUCUUUGCAGGGUGAGGUUGCUCCAGUAGAUUGUAGUGAAAAUUUCUACACUGGUUCCCGGGCUUAUGUUUGUUUUGAAUGUUUAAGAACGGUCAAUCUCUCUCUCUCUGGUCUUGUAAAAAAGAAAUUGAGCUUCCAAAAUAGACUGAUUGAACGUAAGAGGUAGAAAGAAAAGAGCAUUUAUGGAGAUAUUGAUUGAAGGAAGUUUUGAACUCCUUAGCACUCACUAGUGCCCAUACAAUUUUAUGACACAAUGUGAUAUUAUAGGUGUAUAUGGUCCAUUGAACUGGCAGAUUCUUUUU